CAGAAAGAGCAAGAGUGAGCCGGAAGAGAAGGAGGCGUGACGACAGUAUGCGACCAGUCUAAGGGACAGAAAACUUUUUUAAAGCGCCUUUUUCCCCUGGAACUGUUUAUUUCAUUCUUCCAUGAGUGCUGCAAGUUUGCUCAGGUCGUUCAGUCCAUCGAUGCCUGGCCCAGUCAUGCCUAUGGACGUCGCCAUGAGAUUUUACAUCAGCCAGUCUCCGCCUCUUCUCCGAGGUUUCCUCAGCUCCUACGAGGAGCUCCAGAGGAACCGGAACCGGGUCAACCAGUCCACUGCCCACAGCCACAGCCAGCGGCUCUACAAACCACUGCGGCCGUGUCUCAGCAACCCGCCGAAAGCCGUGGACGCCGGCGGUCGCGUGGGUUGGAACGACAGCAAGGCCGGCAAGAAGAAGGUGGUGUUCGCCGACACCAAGGGCAUGUCACUCACCGCCAUCCACGUCUUCUCCAAGUUCGACGACGAGCCGUAUCAAAGAAAGCACUGCAGGGGGAUCGGCGAGGACCUGCAGUUCGACAUGACCGACCUGGAAACGGCCACGAUGGAUCUUAAGAUUAGCCCGAUCCGCAACCUGGCACUGGACUUCAAACAGCCCUCGGCCGACUACUUGGAUUUCCGAAACCGCCUGAUUCACAACUCUGUCUGCUUGGAGAACUGCUUGCUGCAGGAGCGCUCGUUGACCGGCACCAUCAAGGUCCGGAACAUGGGCUUCGAGAAGUCGGUGCAGUUGCGCGCCACGUACGACUCGUGGGCCGGCUUCACCGACAUCGAAUGCUCCUUCAUGAACAACAUCUACAGCUGCCAGGACACGGACACCUUUGCGUUUGUGCUGGAACUGCCCGUCGACAUCCAGCCGCAGAAUCACGUGGAGUUCUGCAUCUGUUUCAAAUCCCAGGGUCAGACCUUCUGGGACAAUAACGACGGCAAGAACUACGUCGUCAAGCACGGCGGCUGCAACGGAGAAGACUCGAACGUUUACGCCGUGCAGCAGAGGAAGGCAGCGGAGCACAAACACGGAGGCGUGAAGGUACUGGAGAUGGAGUUCGAUCAGUUCGGCAGCCCUAGGAUGUGCAACGGUCUUUUUCCGGGAUGGCAGAGCUGGGGCCAGGUCGCUACCGCCGUGCCUUAUUGGUGAAAAAACGAAUGUUUUGAAGAAAAUGUCGUUGGAAUCCGACUGUGCAUAGACUGAAACUGAAGCGAGCGACCUCUGAGUACAAACUAGUCAGACACCUGACAUGUGCUCAACUGAUCCGCUUCCUGCUGUAACAGGGCCAUUUGGCCUGGGGUGGGGGAGGGGAUGGUGUGAAGGCCUAAUGAAAUGUUGAUGGAGGACAAAUAAAUGGAGGGAAAAAAGACAUGUAAUUUUUCACAUACUGCUCAUUUGUAAAAUAGUAAUGUGCCUUUUUCAGAGUGCCUGCCCACUAAUAUACAGACAAGUUGUACAUCCCACUAGAAGUGUUGAGCCCUUUGUGAGGGCCUGAUGUAAUGGUUAAAUAUGCACUGAUUGCCAUGUCCCUCUCAAUGUGAUGUCUGUAAACUGAAGAUGUGGAAAUGGAGCUGAUUAAGUCCUUCAUAAUGAAGGGAAGGUACGGGGAGUGCAUGGCGGUACAGCGCUUCUCAACGCAAUUGAUUCAUUUCUAAUGGAAAAUGCACACUAAACUUUUGCACCAAACAAAACAAUAAACUGGGAUUCAAAAGGCCGUAAUUAUUUUAAUUUCGACUCAUGCAACCCUUAUUUUACCUUUUAUGUUAAUUGCACAUGUCGUGUUUGAAAGAUGUAAUAUUGGGGUUUAUUGAAGAACAGAGGAGAGACUCUGCACGUGAUUGGUUGUCUCGAAUGAGGAAGAGGUUUUGAAAUAUUGGUGGUUCAAGUAUGUCGAGAAAGAAAAUGAAGGAAGAUGAAUGUUUAUAUUUGCCUGUUUUAAGAAGUGCAAUUAUGAGAUGAGUGUACAGUGUGUUUGGCUGGAAGUGGGAUUUCUCUUUUUUUAGAAACUUUUUUUUCUUUUUCUCAACAUAAAGAAAGGUCUUUUCGCCCAGCAUUUUGUUUCACUUGAAGGUGUGUGUGAAGUUUACGCCGUGCAGCAGAAAUAAAUUUGUAUAUUUGUGCUCAAGAUUCCCGACUCACGAAGAUUUUGUUUUGAAUGUUUUGGUUUGUUGUGUUUGUUUUGCUCAGUAUGAUGAUCAAGAUAAGACUACCAAGUGUUUAAGUGUGUCAUAACAUUUAAUAUAAUAAUGUACGAACGAUUUAGAAAUAAAAGUCCAACGAUUAA